UAAUCCAUCCUGUUAAUGGCCACAGCGGCCUUAUGUGUGUUUUUUUAAAGCAAGGAUUAGAAAGAUAGAUUUCUAGAUGUAAAAGAUUAGGCUAGUUCUAUAUCUUGUUCUUCAGAUAACUAUUAGAGGACUUAAAAAAUGCAGUUUGGGGGUGGUUUCACUGGUACAGCUGCUACAGGUGCUGCAGCACCAUUUUCUUUUGGGCUUGCUAAAACGACUGCACCAGCACUUGGUACAUUAACUUCCACUCCAUCAACAGGCUUUAGUUUUGGACUGAAUAAAACAACUGCAUCUACGGGUCUUCUUGCCACCCCAGCAGCAACAAGUAAUGCUCCUAUUUUUGGUGGAUUUGGUGCUACAACCACAACAACAUCUGGAUUUGGUUCCCAACCUGCUACAUCCACUGCCUCACUGGGACAAGGUUUUAGUUUUGGGAAGCCAGCAACAAGCACUGCUGCACCUACUGGAUUUGGGACUUCACUACUGGGUUCAACACCAGUAUCUAGUAGUAGUAGUAGCUCUGGUUUGGGCGCUGGGCUUGGUGGUGGUUUGUUUGGGACUGCAAAUACAGCAACAUCAACAUCUGCUGGUUCCAGCAUUUUCUCUGCUCUACCCACAACUUCAACUAUAACUGGGCUUGGCGGUGUUGACCCAAACACUGCCCUUAAAUCAGGCUCGAGUAGUGGAUCAGGAGCUGCAAGUGAUGGAAAGACGCUCAAAGAAUCACUGCUGCCAGAAUUGUUAACAGCUACUGUUGAGCCUUUGUUAAAAUAUGUGAAAGAGGAAAAAGCAGUUAGGGAAGAUAUAGCGCGUAUGUCCUCCAAGCCUAUGAUGAAAGUGCAAGAAGAUGUUACUGCCCUUAGACAGCUUCUCUCAGUGGUGGCAAACGGGUUGCAACGAAAUGCUUGCUCUGUUGAGAAACUUAAGCAAGAAAUGACCCAGAAACUAAAAAAUGCAGAGAUGGCUCAGAGAACAAAAGACAUCCCUGCUGGACUACAAUAUGAGAACACAGCACCAAUAGAAUAUUUCCAACACCUUGUUGAAGACUUUGAAGAUAGAAUGGUCAUGUACAGACAGCAAAUAGAGACACUUGAUAACCAUUUGGCUGCUCUGCAUCAGCCCAGCUCACAUACACCUUCAGAAGUUUUAUCACUACUAAAAAAGCUCCAUGAGACAUUCAUUUCCUUGGCUUCUCAGUUGCAACAAGUACAUGAAACUGUUAAGAGCCAAAAAGAGCAUUUUUUGACCUACAGACGUGUUUUUCAUGGAGAUUCAAAAAACAUUUUCUAUAAGCCUACACCAGCUCUUAAGGUAGCAAAGCGAUCCCAGUUGUCAGAUUUGGCAGGUCCAAAUCCUUUUCCAGGGACUACAAACGCAGCGGCUCAUGCUAUGGCAUUAGUGCAUACACGUGCUCAACAACCUCAAGGUCCUCCAAUCACAAGCUUAGUAGGGGGCUCUCAAACUGCGCUUAUUUCACCCUAUGGAACUGGGUUAUUUGGUGCUACUAAACCAUCUGCAGGGUUUGGAGGAGCUUCUAACAUUACAAGCACCAGUAUUGGUGGAGUGGGCAACUUGUUUUCCUCAACUUCUCUGUUGUCAUCCCCGGCUACUGGGGGUUUCGGGACACCCCCCACUCUUGGAUCAUCAACAACUGCUGCAUUAAACCUUGCUGGGACCAAUUUAAAUGUUUCAGCCAACACGAAGCAACCCUUUCAACUGCAGAAGCCGCCCCAGGGUGCAAAAAGAGGCAAAAGAUAAUUACUGAAUCAAAAAGCAUGUACUGUUACUAGAUCUGGAUAAAAAAAUUCUAUAACCAAAUCAAGUUAAAAGUUAUGUAUGUAAUUCAUAAUUUGCCAAAAAAAUAAAAUGUAACUUUUUGUAAUACUAAGAACUGUUAACUCUUUUUUUGUUUCUUCUGUAUUGUUUUUUUUAAAUUGGUAAUGUGGCAUGAGAAUUAGUAAUUUUACUUUAUAUGUGGAAAGUUUUCUUUAUUAAAUGUAUAAUUCAUAUAACUAAGUUUCAAGUGAAUACCAUUACCAUGAACAAGACUAAAAGUAAAAAUAGUUAUACUUAUAGUUUACAAAGUUAUAUUUAGAGUAAUAGGCCUAGUUGAAGAAAAAUAUUCUAUUUCCCAAUUUAUGCUAGAGCAAAAUUUUAUACUGUAUAAAACAAUUUACCAUGCAAUGGUGGUAUAGACAUUUUGAAAUUAUAAUGUUCAAAAGUUUGAUUUUUAUAAUUUUUUUUCCUCUAUUAAAAUCCCCCAAAUGAAUGAUAAGUAGGGUUUAAAACUACUUACUAAAAAAAUAAUAUGCUUCUUUAAAGGAUUGUCUGGCUUUACUCUGUAGGAUGUCCCUGAGUCCACCCAGCUCUAAUGGGUACUUGAUUCACAUUAGGGGAAAAAAAGUGGCUUGGCGUAGUUCUGACCUUACUAUCCCCUUUUAUGCCAUGGUCAUUGAAGAAAUGACCCAGGUAAUAUUUUAUUAAUCCUUCUUCACCUGCCCCAUCAGGAAAGAAGAUGAGAGUAUAGUACCUUACACUGAAGUUAAAAAAAGUUCAUUAUAUUUUAAAUAACUUCAUAUUCUUGCAUUUUGCUUAUGUUACUGAAUAUAUUCACAAACCAACACAUUUGAAAAAUGUACAAUUGUGCUCUCUAACAUGUCACAUUUUAUAUCCUUUCCAUGGCCUAAAAUUCCUCUUAAAUUAUAACAUUUUAAUGAAAUUUGACUUUCUUGUCAUCCAAAACUAUGGGCCUUAUUGUGGUUUCUCUUAUUUGUACACUUAAACAUGCAGUAAGAAAAAAAACAUGUUUUUGUUCUACAAAUAUUUACAAAUAUAAACUUUUAUAUAAGCAUUUGCUUGAUGAUGGAUUUUAUCUAUUUGAAUUAUGUUUUACUACAUAAAAUAUGUUGAAUAAAGUUGGAUUGGAAAUUAAAACUUUCUUUAACUAC